UACGCGGCGAAGCGCAAUAUUGUGCUGUUGUUCCGCGAUAUUGUGAUAUUCUAAUUUGAAGAUCGGGAGUUUAUUUAAAGAGAUCUUUCGUGUGGGCUAGUAUGUGUUUAGGUUUGUUUAAAUACUGCUGGAUUUCAUAAAUGCGUCAAUAGCUUUUUUGGCGCCAAUGGAGAAUCAGUCACAGCAGUUUGUAGGUGCUCCGUGCGGACAAUUUGGACCAUACACGUUCUACAGUGGAUUCAAGUAUUGCAAGAAUGGCAAACCCAAGGAACUAAAUCUCGGGGAUUUUUUUUUCGUGCGGAUUUCUCGGGAGGAGGACCCGUGCAUCGGAGAGUUGCAAUUUUUGAGUACUAACAGGAAUAAUGAUCACCAAUUAUCGUCCUUGAGGCUCUAUUUUUUACCGGAGCAAACGCCGGAGGGGAGGCUACCCCACCAUGGAGAGGACGAGGUGCUCGUGGUCGCCGAUCGCAUUGUUUUAAAACUAGACGAUCUAGUCAGUUGGAUCACGGAAGAAGUAGAAUGGAACCAUGGCAACAUUGCACCCUGCUGCCCCAACACCCCACAAAUCACCGCCAAGAAAGAGAUAAAAGAGGAGAGUCCCGAAACAGAUACCUCUGCAACCACGAACGGCAGCGGAGAUGACAGUCAGAAGAAUCAGAUUGAAAUCAAAGAAGAAAAGAAGAACGAGAUCACGGUUAAAGUUGAGCUUGAUCAGCCCAAAGGAACCAGGGUAGUAAUUUUCUCGUACGCAUCAUACUGCCGAUAUCGCUGCAUGUUGAAGAGAUUGGAAGGAAGUCCUGACUUUGAUACACUGCUGAGGGACCCCAUAGUUAUUGCUCUCGGAGGAUUUUCCCCAACCAACAAGAAAACCAGAGUGCUGUUCUGCCGCGACUCGUUUGAGCAUGAUGAGCUAGCUCAUCACGAAUUGAACGUUGAAUACCUAGCUCCAACUCUAAAGGGAAAACGCAGAAAAAGGAGAACGAAGAAUACGCGAAGUAUUUCUCCCGAAUCCAUCACAUCCGAAGACUGUAAAGAUGUAGUAGUAAAGAAUGUAAAAACAAAUGGUUUGAAGCAGCCUCCUGUUAAGAAUGAACAAGAAUUUUUACAAAGGUUGUUCAAAUUUAUGAAAAAGAGAAACACACCUAUACAUAGAGUGCCACACUUAGGGUUCAAACAAAUUGAUUUGUAUCUUUUCUACAAUUUUGCCAAAAAGUUAGGUGGAUAUGAUAAAAUCACUACCAAAAAGCUGUGGAAGCAAGUGUAUGAUGAGCUUGGGGGCAAUCCUAGUAGUACUAGUGCUGCUACUUGUACCCGGAGACAUUAUGAAAAGCUGCUGCUACCAUUUGAACGCCACAUGGAAGGAAUUGUGUACAAACCAAACAACCGAGGGAAAAAGUCACAGAAAAAGAAACAGCAAGAGAAGGAGAAAGAAACGCCAGAAAUUGCUGCAGUACCACCUGCUAAAGCCGAACCUGUUCCAAGCACCAGCGCUGAGGCCGAAGAUGCUUACGCGUUCACAGACUCCAAUCAUGAAAACAGCAACAGCAAAGACAGCAACUCCAAUGAAUUCCACUCCGUUGCAGAUGAACAGGCCGUUGCUAAUGAGGUACCUUUCUCUGAUGAAGAUAGUAAAACUGUUUGGAGCAUACAGAAGCAACCAGAAAAUAAGGAUGAAGCUGACAAAGAUGAAACCAAAUCCAUUAAACCACUCAUUAUCCAGAAAGGACAAGGUGAAUCUUUCGCUGAAAAAGAAAGAAAAUGGGAUGAGAUUCGUCGUAAGAGUGCCGAGGCCAGGAAAUGGGUUCGCCAGUCUCGCUCGAAUUCUCAAGGUUCUAAGAAUGUGUUAUCCAAAGUUUCAUCAGAGAAAUCUUCCAGCAUCAAUUCAGACACAUCAGAAGCUAUUAGUGCUGUUCCUGAAACUGUAAAAGUUAAAUCAGAAACAACAGAACAAGCACCUGUUCCAAAUGUGCCUCCUUUCCCCGCUUCUGUGUCGGUCGACGCCAAACGUAAUGCUUUACCACAGGCAAUCGAUCAAGGUGCUCCAAAGCUUCACCCUCCUCUUGGAAACGCUGAGAACCUCCAUAAUGUGAUUAGUAAAAUUGAAAACAAGAAGAGACUUCAGCUACAAGCUCUUGAACAGCAGUCAAAAAUUUCUCCAGAAAAAAAGCACCCUCCAUCCCAUACAAAAGCAGAACCCACAGAAAAAUAUGCAAAAAGCUGGUGUGGCUAUUCUGCCAGCUCAGAUCAUUCAUCCAUGCAUUCUGGUACUGAUAGUAUUGCUACUGGUGCAGGUAAAACCCAACCACCUGCAGGUUACAAAGCAGGUCCUCGGUCCGAACCAGAUGUGAAUAGAGACUAUUUGAUGCAUCACACUGGUAGGCAAUCUGUUGGAUCUGUAUCUGCAUCUAGUGCAGUGUCUGUUGAAGCCUCCACAAAUGAAGAAAAGCCUCUUGUUCCCCAGAGGAGACCUUCUGUCAUACAACAUACAGAGUAUGCAGCUACAUCCCCAUCUCCAUCUGUGUCACCAAUGCAAAACAAUUCAGACAUUUGUAGAAAUGUAUCACCCAAAGACAUUUCUCAAUCUGCAACAUUUUCAAGUCCCAAAAUAAGUCUUCUUCCAAAUCAGUUAAGUGGUUAUUCUAUGACUGGAAAGGUUGCUGAGUGGUUGACAAAAGGUGUUCAUGAAGUAGUGGCCUGCAAAACACCUUCAGCUGUUGUAGAAAAAACUGUUGAACUUCAUGAUCAAGUGAUGAUGCCUUCAAGUUGUAAAACUCCUGGAGCAGUUGGAAGCAGCAAAAUAUCUAACAGUAAUGCUAAGAACAAGCAUAACACAUCUGCAACAAAAUCUCAAAGAUCAAAGUAUUCAACCUCUCAUCGUCAUCGAAAUAGUGAUAACCAUCCUAAUGGAAAUUCUAAUACAACUAAAAAUGACGCAAGAAAUAAUGCAAUAUACCAAAAAACAUUCCAUCCAACACCUUCAACUUAUAAUUCUGUGAUGACAAAUGCAGCUCCAGGAUCCAAAUAUCUACCAUCAAUCAAUCCAAGUGCAAAACCAGAGUUUUAUCCUCACAGUCCAUAUUAUAAUCAAACAAAACGAUUUAAAUGCAACAAUGUACUACCUACUGCACUUCCCCCCAUGAAUAUAAGACCAUCAUUGACACCAUUCAUCAGGCAGCAGGUUUACCGCACUUCUCCUUUAAGUGACAUACCCAAGACAACAGCAACUACGCACAAUGAUUAUGAAGCUGUUGUUCUUGAUCUUAGCCUGAAGAAGAAGCCCGCACACAGUGCUCCAACCCGAACUGCAGCACCUGUGGUGGCUGUUGGUGCUUCUGCAGUACCUGAGGAGGGUGUGUGUCUGGACCUUUCCAUUAAAAAAUCAAACGCUAACAAUGACAAUGGCAUAGAAAACAUUACACCUCCUCUCCCACUCUCGCCCAACCCACCGUCUCAAACUUCCUCAUCGUCAUAUCUGCAUCCAUCAUUGAAAUCACUGCCCACCCUCAUCUCUCUCCAAGACUUUCGUCCCUCAUCGGAAGCAGCUGGAGGACAUGGUUACCCUUCUGGAACGAACAGAAUACCCCCGAUCAUGACCAGCUCAGCGACUGUCACUGCUUCGGGGGCUCCCCUGAUGCAUCCAAGCAAUGCCAUGUUCCCUAUGGGCACGCACAGUAAACUGCCACCUGGCAUGAUAAACACAAUGCCGCCAGUGGCAUACUCAAAAGACAUUGCCAAAAAUCUGUACAUGCCAAGUACUACUCGCCAUUCUCAAUUCUCCCCCUAUGUGAUACCUCCAUUUUUCCCAACGAACUGGACUUCUGUUGUGAGUGCUGCACCUACAAAUACAAAGCAAAUGAAUAAUUCUCAAACUAGUCCAGUGACUUAUAAAGGAAUGAUAAACCACAGUGUCUUCCCAAAAGAUUAUCCAUCACAAUACAAAUCACAAUUUCAUCCAGUGCUGUGUAAAGAUAACGGGCAUUAUCCAUCCAGUGGUAAAUGAUCAAUGUUCAAUGAUGUAUAUUUAGAGCUUUAUGUAGUGUUUGGAGACUGUUGUGAAAAUAAGAGUGCAUUAAUUCAUAUUUUGCAAAAAAUAUAAAAAUAAUUUUUGCUGGCAUGUGUUCUUUGAAAAAGAAAAAAUAAUAACAGACAAUACUAUUUUGUGCUUUGUAACAAAAUAUUAUAAAGCAUAUUAUGGAUGUAUGAAACAUAUUAUUGCAGUGUCUUUAAAAAUGUUUCAUUCACUUUCAGAAUUUUAUUUGACACGACUGUGAUCUUUUUUGUUGUUUUUCAUCGAUUCUAGCACUUUAAAAGACUGUGCAAGUAUUUUUCAAAGUUUCUAAAAUUGAAAGCUAUUCACCAGAAUUGUUCUAAACAAAUGACUUAUUUUGUUUCAAUUUAUCUGUUAGUUUAUUGUAAAUUAUAAAUAUAUUUUUAUUUAGAUUUUCUUGUGAAAUUUCAGGCUGUGUGAGGAAUUCUAACUUUGCUUUAUUAAAUAUAGUCACCAACUCUAAAUGUAUCUUCUAAAAAUAGAGCACAAGGAAAUUUAAUUUUGUAAUAGCAUCAAGACAUCUUCACCCUCCCUUAAAAAAAAUUAAGCAUUUAUUUAUCAUUCAUAUUGCAGCCCAACUAGAAAUAUCACAACUUGAAAUGCAAUGAGCAUUAAUAUAUAACUGAUGAAUGAAUAAAGGGAAAAAAAUUAUUUUUGUUUUAAGAAUUUAUACAUUAGCCUUCUCAAUAAAGAGUAGCAUGCUCUAGUCGUAACUGGUUUGAUUUCCAUCAAUAUCAGUUCUAAAUAAAGAUCUACUCCUGUUUCAAAACUAGUAACUCAACUGUAAUUUAUUAUUUUGUGCAAACAACUUCAUGUAAUUACAAAAUAAUUCACAUGCUCCUUUUCAGGUAAAUUUUCUACCCUGUAUAUUCGUGUUGAGUCGGCUCUUCUACUUUCUGAGCAAAAUGUUUAAAAAAAAGGGGGGGGGGGGGUAAAACUAAAACGGUUUCAGGGCACAAGCACUUUAAAAAAGGAAAUAUCUUAAGCAUAAUUAUUACAUAACGUAAUAAACAUGUUUUGAUUGGAAAUGUGGUUUUCGUUUAUGAAAAGGUUUCGUUUUUGGUAUCAUUUUUGUAUAGGAUUCAUUUUUGCAAUUAUGAUUUACGAUAAUUGUUCCUUUUCUUUUGAAAAAUGUCAGUAAAAUUUUACUUUUUAAAUUCUUAUAGUCUUAUUACAUUCUUCUUAUUUUAUUUUAUUUUUUUUUUUUUUGUUGUACAAUGAGUUGUAAUUCACACGCGUUCAACUAUGGAAUUUGCGAAACCAAAAUUUGGCGCUUCCCGCAAUUUCCGUAUAACCAGGAUUUUACUGUCUGUAAACUCUUAAAUAAACGGUAAUACAACACAAAAUUAUAUCAGAAUGCGUCAGUAUUUAUUUCUUUAAUGAUUAGUAAAAAGAAUUCAACUUAAAUUAGGAAAAUAUGCAUAUUUUUGAGCGUUGUUGAAAUGUGCUUGAACAUACUCCAAAAAAUGUCCGAUUACUUUUUUCUCCUUACAAAGGCUAUAGUGUUGUUUCUCUAGAUGGGAUGCAAUGUGUGAAAAAAUAUUUUAUAACAAACUAAAAUUUACUUUCCCUUUUUAGUAGCAUUUAGGACUAAAGCAUGCAAAAAUUAAGUUUGAGAUUUUUUUGCUUAAAGGAAACUAUCGAAUUGUUUAAUAGUAUUGUAAAUUUUUAUUGUACAUUGUUGUAUAUUUUUUGUUUAUAUUUGUACUUUUAUACUUUUUGUUUGUUGUUGUUGAGAACAAUUUGUUACAUUCUUUGAUAUUGUUUUUUAAGCUUACAAGGGAACUAUGAUGUUGAAUUAAAGUUUACAUGUGAGCAAAUUAUGAUUGAGCAAAAUUAAAAAUUCAAAUAGAAUUUCUUUGAUAAAAAGUAAAAGUUUUUUUUUUCCAGAUACUUAUAUCUUUUCUUCACUUAUGUUGGCUGAAUUGUUGUUUUUGUCAUUAGAAAUGAUUUUUAAUAUUAUUUUGGAAAAAUUAAUUCCCAUUGGGCAUUACUGAAAAAUUUUCAAAAGUUGCUAAGUAUCCCAUUUUUAUAAAACUAGCAUUUUGUAUUAAAUAUGUUAAAAUUUCAAUAUACUUUAGGUUGCUAAUUUUAUUUUAAACAGCUUUAUAUGCAAUGAUUAUUACUAUUAAUGUGAAAGCAAGUCUUUAUAGAAAAUAACUUUAAAGAUAUAUUUUUAUUCAAGAAUAGUGUAACUAAGCAGAAUUUUUCUUUUUACAAACCUUUUACCUGUAUUUAAAGCUUGUUUGUCAUUUAAUGAUCUCAUCAAUGUGCUAUUAACAGCUAUGUGAUAUUGCAGUGAUUGUAUUGAAUCGCACGUGCAGAGAAAAAAAAAUCACUUUUGCUGUUUGAAAACAUGGGGAAAAAUGCAUUGUAUAAAUUCAUCUUGUUGCAAUGUUUUGUUUGUUUUUUUAGGAUGUGCUACCUCCUUUUAUCUUGAUGCUUUUAUGUACAUGUAAACUCAUAAAAUGGAUUGGAUUUUGUGAAAAAUGAUUAAAAAUUCAAAUGUU